AUGGAGGCGAAACCCCACCAACCAUGCGCGGCUUGCAGAAUGCUUCGCCGGAGAUGUGACGCCAAGUGCCUCCUCGCUCCAUACUUCCCGGCCGACCAGCUUGACAAGUUCGCCGUCGUCCACAGAGUCUUCGGCGCCAGCAACGUUAUCAAAAUGAUUCAGAUGGUGGAGGAGACGAAGAGGGAGGAUGCGGUGAAGGCGAUAGUGUACGAGGCAAUGGCGAGGGUGAGGGAUCCGGUGUAUGGCAGCGCAGGAGCCAUCCAGCAGUUGCAGAAGAUGGUUCAAGAGCUCAAGAUGGAGGUGGAAACCAUGAACGCUAGGGUUUCAGAGGUGCAAGAACAGAGAGAUCAGUUGCUCAUGAAUAUUGCUCAUACGAAUCUUCUUCAACAUCACCACCAACAUGAUGUUAUUGAUCUUGUUCCUCAUCACCAUCAUCAGUUUCCCAUCAAUGUCCAAGACCCUUUCUCUGAUGAUCUUUACGAUGCUUUUUCGCUAGAUCCAAUGGAUCAAUUCCCUCUGCGAGGCGAUUGGGUCUUGUAGUGCAUCGAUCUGCUGGAAACUAAUUAAGCCAGAUUCGAAAAAGAAAAGAAAGUGGUCGAUUAGUGUAAUAGUGUUAGUCAUAUCAAAUUCAAACGCUUUGAUCUUUUUAGGAUUCAGACAAGUUAGCAUACUGUAAUCCCGUUGAAUUUUCUCUGUUGUCGGCCAUGUGUGUACCUGCUUGUGCAUAUAUAUUAACAAAUUUUUCGUA